GGAAGACGAGGACUUCAAGGACAAGACUCUUGGUUAUAUGACUGAUGAUAUUGUAAAGGUUAAAGAUACUCUGAGUAACAUCCCUGAGAGUGUGCUUUACUUCUUGAAGGAACUUCUUGAGUGUGCAAAGAAAGACUUUAUCUCUUGGAUCACAACCAUCAUAAAAGACAAAACGGAACUUCCUACAUUUGUGGAGCUGGCGUCCAUUUCUGCAGGAGAAAAUGACAUGGACAUUGACAAAGUGAGGUUCUUCCGAGACGCUGUUGCUGCCUCUGUGCCCAUCUUAUUCGACUUGACUCCGGAAUCAGGGUUUGAAGCUUUUUCCUCAGCUCUAAGUCCCAUCAGAGACGCUGUAGAAAAUGACAAUCAACUUCCAACGAAGCUAAAAGAUUCCUGUCACAACAGAGAGUGGCUGCAAAUGGUCCAUGAUUGUCAUGGGUCUGUGGAGCGCUCCUCGAUGUCUCAGGCCAGGGCCAUCAAUGGCAACGGGAUUUUUAUCAUCUCCACACCUCAGAAAUUCAAGCCUUCUCUGGAUAAUUGCAUUUCACUGCUGCUGCCAGGGGAUGUCGCGGAAAAGGCUGCUCAAGGAGACCAGACAGACAAGACGGACUCUAGAACGUACAGCCUGGCUCAGCUCACGGAGCUGCAGAACAAACUCAUGCUGAUAGCCACAAAGGCUGAGCAGGGCAGAGAAGAGGUGAACAGGUUCCUGGAGAUCCUGGAAAAAAUUGAAAUGGUUGGGAAGCUCUACUUGCAACUUCUCAGCGUUGGCAACAUCCUUUUCAUAGAUUGGAAAGCUGAAGUUUACUGUGACCCCAAACGCAAAGUAACAAUCUACGCAGAGUUUGGAAUAGCCGGAAUCCUUGUUCAGAGUAAAAAACCCAUCCUGGAAGAAUUAGAUGGCAUUUGCAAAAUCAUGGAGCAUUGCCUUGUAGAGUGGAAGAAAUAUCUGGAGACUCAAAGGAACAAUUAUUGCCAUCUAAACAUGUUCACUGCACGCCAACUCUUCUACUUGUGUAGCAAGUUAGCCAAACUGCAUGAAGGACAAACAGACCCACAGGCUCUCAAUAUGCUUUCUGUUUUCAAGCAUGAUGUUAAAGAAGAGGAUAUCAGAGAAGCAUUAAAGAGAGCACUUGAAACUCCUGCAGAAUCCGUUGAUAUAUCAGAGAAGGAUGAUCAGUCCGUGUCCUGGAAUGACUACAUUGUUAAAUUUCCUCAGCUCAUCCAAGGUCUGGUUGAGUCUGGGUAUGACGAAUCAGUGGGUAAGGCAGCUCUCCAGAGUUAUCUGCCAAACUCAGCCAUCACUGAGCAAAUGCUCAUGGAAUUCGCCUUAGACUAUGCUGAUGAAGAGGAAAAGAUUGAAGAGCUGAGCAAAUUAUACGACGAGCAGAGAGAAGCCUUUCUGCAGAAGUCCAUGAAGUUUAAAAACAGGAACAGAGAUGUGGAUCCAUCCACCUUCCAAAGCCUUGCAAAAGAUGAAGUGGCCACUUCCUUUGAGAGUUUGCCGUCUAUCCAUGCCAAGGUGCAUUUGCUCUGGAACGCUUACCGUAGCAAGCUCACUGGCUUGGUGUCAGACAAAUACAUUAGCCUGGAUGUUUUCGGUGAAAUGCUGAAAUACCUGACAUCUCCUGAAACCGCUGUAAUUGAGAGGAAUUUACCAGUGGGUUUGGAAGCGGGGAAGCCUUGCCUCGUCACAUGUAAAGAAGAGCAGAUGUUACCCUUCUUGUUGUCUGUCUAUACGCACUCCAAGGGGGCACCUCUUCCAACGUAUGAUGAGGUGCUGGUCUGUACCCCUGAGACAGAGGAAGAAGACAUUGAGCUGAUUGUGAGGAGAGCUCUUUCUCCAGACCCCAGACACAAAAAGAUCUAUUGCUUGCUUGGUGCAGAAAAAUUAGUUUACAAAGUCUCCAAGAACCUAGAGUCCCUCUUCUUCCACUUUGCACAAUCUUGCAGCAAUGCCGAUUACAGAUUUCUCAUCUUCUGUGAUGCCAAAGCUCACAAUUCUUAUGUUAUGACGGCCUUUGACACAUACAAAGUCUCCUUUUCCUGUGAUUCGGGAGUAGAAAUUCAGAAAUACCUGAAGACACACCUGAGAGUGCCCAGUGGGGUGGCACCUGUUGCUCAGGUCUUUGAAAAGCCCUUUCAACAGAACGUGAAGUUUGUAUUUUCAGAGCGAGCUGGCAUGGGGAAGUCUUUGUUUGUAGCAAAUACCACCAGAAAAGCCAAAACCCGAUCAGAGAAUGCAGAGCUGAGACACAAAACCAUUAGGCUGACGGAGUCGGAAAUAGAUUUUGGAUUUCUCCUGGAGGAGCUUCGCUCACUGGAACAAAAACCAACUGAGGCUGGGCCCAGGAUCUUCCACAUUGACGUAUCCCCUGUGGUCUCGAAGGGUCUUUACAAGUUACUGAUUGAGCUGUGCAUUCUGAGACACAUCCAAAGCCCUGAUGGCAUGGUCUGGAAGUGCAGAGAGUCCCAUCUUUAUUUGAUUGAAUACCUGGUGAGAGGAAAAGGCAUAAGCAGCACAAGAAAACAAGAGAUGACCAGUGAAAUGGAGAAAGGAUUUCUAGGUCUCCUUCCAGCUGUGAAAUGCAUGUCACCAGUAGAAGUACUAGAGAUGCUUAAAAACAACAGUUCUGGAGAUGCUGCUGAAGUGGAACAACAGCUACUGGACAGUGACACGUUCAGGGGUGAUGCCUUCCAAAGGUCAUACCAGUACAUCAGCAGAUACCAGCGAAAGGCCGAUCUUGACAGGUUCUGUUUCACCCCUGGGAGGGUUGAAGGGACCCAGGAAGAGUGUCUGAGGCUCUUGUUGGACUCCUGUGGGAGAAAGAACCCUUCCUGGACUGAGCUCAGCAACUUCACACGCUUCCUAAACCUCCAGCUGAUGAAGUGUGAAAACUCAGUGUUCUGCAGCAGCGAAUUAGUGGAAGAGGGAUUUAAGGGGUUCAAGGCAUUUGUGAUAAAAUUUAUGAUCACCAUGUCCAAGGACUUUGCCUUGCCUUCCCUAGCCAUGGCAGAUGAAAGCUCACCCAGCGAAGAGGAGAAAAUGGACGAGGACAGUGUAUUGAGAGGGUACCAGUUAAGACGCAAGUGGGAGCAAGAAUCUCACCCCUACAUAAUUUUCCAUGCUGACAACCACUCCAUGGAGUUCUUGGGUUUCCAUAUCAAUUCGAAUUUUGAUGCUGUUGAUGCACAUUCACAGGCUGUUCUAGAGAAGAAGGUUAUUGACCGACAUUUAUAUCGCACCCUUGAGUUUCAGAAAGUCCCUUUCAAUAAAAAGUUUGAAGAUCUGUCCAGACAAGAGCAGCUAGAAACUCUCUGCAGCGUAUUCGGUGUGAGAAGCUCCCAAGACCCAGAUGAAUCCUACCAACUGACCCUGGACAAUACCAUGAAAAUGCUGGCCAUUCACCUGAGGUUCCAGUGUGGGAUUCCCGUGAUCGUCAUGGGCGAAACAGGCUGUGGGAAGACCAAGUUGGUGCAGUUCAUGUGCAGCUUGCAAAGAGCAGGAAAGGAUGUUCAGAAUAUGAUGCUGGUGCGUGUUCAUGGAGGCACCAGCUCCAAAAUCAUCCACCAGAAAGUCAAGGAAGCCAUCGAGCUGGCGCGCGUCAAUGAAGAGACGCACAACAUGGACACGGUGCUGUUCUUUGAUGAAGCCAACACCACCGAAGCCGUGUUUGCAAUUAAAGAGGUCCUAUGUGACCAGAGUGUGAAUGGAGAGCCAAUCUCCACCACUCGCUUAAAAGUGGUGGCUGCUUGCAACCCUUACAAAAGGCACACCAAGGAAACCAUUGAGAAGCUAGAGAAAGCUGGCUUGGGGUACAGAGUUCGGAGUGAAGACACCCUAGAAAAGCUGGGCUUCAUCCCUUUGAGGCAGCUUGUUUAUCGGGUGCAGCCUCUUCCACCGAGCAUGUUGCCUCUUGUCUGGGACUUUGGAGAGCUAAAUGAAAAUACUCAGAGUCUGUACAUCAGACAGAUUGUUAAAUCCAUCGUGAAAGACAAGCUUCCCGAAGAGAACAUGGAUGUUUUUACCUCUGUCAUUUCCACCUCCCAGAAGUUUUUAAGAGAAAAGAAAGAGGAAUGCAGAAUCGCCAGUCUCCGGGACAUAGAGCGCUGCAUGCGGGUGCUGCUGUGGUUUUAUAACUUAAGAAACCUGCUUUUUCCUCUUAUCGAUUUAAAAAAGAGUGAGGCUCAACAGUCAAAUGGCUAUGACCCGUCCAUUCAUGCCCUUGCAAAGGGGUGUGAGAAAGAUCAGAUAUCUGCAUUAAAUGAAGCACAAAGAUCUCUGGUUCUUGCAGUUGGGGUUUGCUAUUAUGUAUCUCUCGAGAGUCGCCAAGAUUAUCUGAAAGAGAUAGCGAAAUGCUUCUCUGUGCCCGAAUCCCUGCUUCAGCUAGAGAUUGUACUUUGCCAAGAGGUGUUCCUGGAUAACCUCUCUGUUCCCAGCACAACAGCACGGAACGAUGCCCUAAGGGAAAACAUCUUCAUGAUGGUCAUAUGCAUGGACCUGAGAGUGCCGCUGUUCCUUGUCGGGAAGCCAGGUAGCUCCAAAUCCCUGUCUAAGACCAUAGCUGCUGAUGCAAUGCAGGGCAGAUUAUCUAAAAAAGAAUUGUUCAGACGGUGCAAGCAGAUCCAGCUGGUGUCAUUCCAGUGCAGCCCUCAUUCCAAGCCCGAAGGAAUCAUCUCCACUUUCAAACAAUGUGCACAGUUCCAAAGGGGCCAGAAACUGGAGGAGUUUGCCUCUGUGGUUAUCCUGGAUGAGAUAGGCCUUGCAGAAGACUCACCUGAGAUGCCCCUGAAGACACUGCACCCUCUUCUUGAAGAUGGUUGCGUUGAUGAUGAAGACCCAGAACCGUACAAAAAAGUUGGCUUUGUUGGCAUUUCGAACUGGGCCCUGGACCCUGCUAAAAUGAACCGGGGCCUCCUUGUGUUCCGGACCGACCUCAACAAAGACGAACUGGUGAAGACCGCCAAGGGGAUCUGUGCUGUUGAGGAGCAUGUUACCAAGAUUGAACAUUUGUUCCCCUCCUUGGCUGCCUUCUAUUGUGAGGUGUUAAAGGAACAGUCCAUGGAAUUUUUUGGGCUCCGUGACUUCUACAGCCUCAUCAAAAUGAUACUGUCCUAUGCCAAGAAAAUAAAAGGCAUCUCUCUAGAAGAAGAGCUCAUUGCAAAAGCAAUUCUGAGAAACUUUGGAGGUUCAAAAGAUCUGAAUACAUUAGAUCUGUUCAAAAAGAACUCACCCAUCUCUCUGUCUUCCAACUUAGAAACCAUCCAUACAGUUCAUUUGUUACAGGAAAAUUUAGACAAGAAACAGAUGGGGUUUGUAUCUAGAUACUUGUUGCUGUUAACAACAAACCAUGCGGCUUUCCAGAUCAUACAGAUGACCAAACUCAUGGACAUAGAGAACUGUGAUAUUAUAUUUGGCUCGGGUUUCCCACGGGACCAAGAAUAUUCACAAGUGUGCCGCUCUGUUAACAGAGUGAAAAUCUGCAUGGAGACAGGCAGGCCCGUCAUUCUCUUAAACAUUCACAACCUGUACGAAAGCCUUUACGAUGCCCUGAACCAGUGCUUCGUCAGGUUAGGAGGAAACUAUUAUGUUGACCUUGGCCUUGGAACUCACAGGGUUAAAUGCCGCGUGAAGGAGGAGUUUAGGUUGAUUGUGAUUGAGGAGAAGAACGUGGUUUACACGCAGUUCCCCACCCCGCUGUUGAACAGGCUGGAGAAGCACUGCUUGGAGAUGAACACCAUUCUGNACUGGCAGCAGAAGGGGCUGACGACACAGCUGAAUAAAUGGGCCGAGUUGUUUGUCACUAUCAAGAACACGGACUUCUGCUGCACGAGGCCGGCAGACCUGGCUCCCCAGGAACGUGAUGUUUUCAUUGGUUUCAGUGACGACACUUCUGCCACUGUUGUUCUGCAGUGCUCUCCGAGUGGUUUUCAUGGGAACUGUCUGCCCGAUGAAGAGUCAGUCCUCGCAGCUUCUAAAAGCAAACUCAUUGAGUGUGCAACCCCCGAUUCCAUCCUGCGCCUCAAAUAUUCUCCGCUGGAGGAUGCGGAGCAGGUUCAGGACCUGUACUUUGGAAAGCAGAAGCACAAUGGCCUGAUUGACAUUCUGUGGGGGGCAGUGAAGCAAGAGUCAAAUGCAGAUGGCACCAAUGGACUGUGCCUGGAGGUUUCUACACAUGCAAGACUUCUAAACCAGAGAGAUUUGGAAGUGGUAAGAAAGAGACUGAACCUCCAAAAUAAAAUCCGCUGUCUUUUUCUAAGUCAGUUUGAUACAGAACAUGCAUUCCGCCAGGAACUUAGUAAGUUCUUCAGAGAAUCGACAGAAGAGAAACUGCUUUUUGUCCAGUUCAACUUUGACGAGCCACAGAGCAGCAAAAGGCUUCUUGCCUGUGCAAAGUACUGCAUAGAGGAUGAGAGAAGAAAACCAGGAACGACCGGUCCAUCACACGUCGUCAUCAUAACCAAAGUCCCAAGGAUACUCGGGGGGUGCAGCUACCUGGCAUUCAGUGCUGGUGAGUGGCGCACUGUUCACUUGGAUGACUUGCUUCCUCCCGAGACCUUUGCAGCCAAUCUGGGACAGCUCUCCAAAAUGACAGUCGCUGAGAUUUUCAUGAACAGCACCCAGCAGAGAACCGACACAAGUUGUCCAGAGGAUUCUAUUGCCCCUGAAGAUGCUGAAAAAGCCAAUGACUCCCCAGAGGAAAAUCUGCAACUGAUCAGCACUGAAUUCCUGAUCAAACAAAGUGUCCAGAAAGCUGUAAUCCAGCUGGAGGAUAAGAAAGACAACAGCCAGCGAGCUACAAAAAGGAUACAGGUCCUCUAUGAUGCACUUUUUCAGUCUCAGAGCAAGAAUAUAUUUGCCUGUCAUUUUAUGGAAGUGUUGAAAAGGAGAAUUUGUAACCUUUUACAAGAACAAGAGAUGGUGAGCCAUAAGCCUAGAGAGUGGAUUUUCCGCAGAGCUCUGUCUAGCGAGUUCAUACUUGAAGGCACUUCAUUCAGGCAUGUUGUCUGGAUUCAUUUGGAAGACAUUCUGGCAAACAUGUUUGCUCAAAUCCUAGCAGUAGUUGAUGCAAACAACAACUUGGAUCACAUCUCUCAAGAAACUCCUAUCUCUGACCUCUGGCUCCAGAUGUUCAAAGAUGAAUCAUUUCUGAAGAUUAAGUAUACCAGCAAGGCCCCUGAUGCUAAGAUUUCUGUGUUAUCAAUGAGCGAAGACCCCAGCAGGUCCACACAGUGCUGCUUUCCAUUCAGCUGGGUUCUGAAAGCUCGCCUGGACGAGAUAUGGGAGACAGUCCAUCGGGUGAAAGGUUAUCCAAAGGACCCUACUGUGGACUCUGCUGAGAUGUUUCAAAGCUCUAUCUUGAAUAUGCCAGUGCCAGAUGGCAAUAGUCCAGAAAUGGUUCAGCGUUAUGCCAGUGAUUUUGUGAGGAUGGCUUUUCCAGGGCAAGAUGUUCAGGUUUAUGAGAUUCUGUCUAAUGUUCUCAUAACUGGUGCAAAGGAGCUCUGCACCUCUUUGACACAGGACGAGGUGGGGUUUUCCCUGAUUUGGUUGCACAUUGAAUAUUUCUACCUACAAGAGAAUUAUCAGCUGAUCAUCAAUUUAGUGAAGAAUGAGGAGACUCUAGCCAAUGAGCUGCAGAAAGUUUAUAAAGAAGACACAACUAAAAUGUUUGUAGCUCUUGAUGCCGUGAGCAUCGUCCUGAAGCAGCUGCAGCCCACAGAGAAGGCACUUCUGCCAUUCAACGCCUGCCUGAGCUGGCUGAAAAGGAUCAAGUCCAUUAAGCACACUGUGGAGCUGAUCACAUUGGACGACUACCAGAUGAGACUUUAUGAUAACAAAGAGGAAUUAUUGAACAGCGUAUUACACCAAUGGAAUUGCACCAACAUCGUCUACCUGCUCAUCGAUCACCUGCUACACGAUGAAACCAACGUGGAUGAGAAGCUGCUAAAGCUCGUUGUGAAGCAGUUUGUCUUCCUCUGGAAUUUACUGUACAAAACUGAAGACCGUAAACCAGCAAAGAUUUUUGAAGUUGUGACAAAAGUGCUGAAGAGAUGCAGCAACAAUGCUGCUACCGUCUACCUUGUGAAGGGCGUGAACGAGUGCAAAAGCUGCCAGAACGAGAUCACUGACCCAGCUGAGCUGCCCUGCGGUCACAUUUUCUGCACUCAGUGCAUCCGGGAGUGGAACAUCCGGCAGUGCAAGAUCUGCAAGGAGAGCGUCCCCGAGGAUUACGUGCCCACCGCCUCCCAGAUCACCAGGGAGGCAGUUGCAAGUCACAACAAAUUCAGGAGGAAGUGCAACUCAUUCUUUGUGGAGUUUGUCAGUAGUUACUGUUUUGGGGACAAAAUCCCUCCAUCUGCAGAGAUCAUCGAACAACUGAUUAAGUUCGUGGCUUGCAAACCUUCUAACUCAGAACAUCCAGAGGUUAGAAAGGUGUACAAACCAACGAGUGACUUGUCGCCCUUUGAAGAAUGCAUGGAUCCGAGUCCUACUGUCAAGUCCUCCCUUUUGAAAAUGUUGCUCCGAUGCAGACUAGACGAUGUGAAGGAACACCUGGAAGGCUAUCUCUCCAGGAUGGAGGAAGUAUUAUCAUUAAAUCAAAGCAGUCGCAAUGAUUUCUAUUUCAUGGUAGUGUGCUGCUUUGAGGAUUUUAUGUAUUCCUCCUUUGAAGAAGACGCCAGCCAGAAUUCGGAGCACGUGCUCUCCACUGCAGAUCUGUCUGCUCCCAGCUCUGCCACCGUCACCAGCAUUGAAAACCUGCAGUUCAUUGCUAAGCUCCGACUCGCCAUCGGUAACGUCGCAGCUGUGCUCGGCAGAGAGCUGCCAAGUGCUGCAGACCAGAAUACAUGGACCAGUGCUGAAACUGCAGAAAAACAGUCCCAACUUGUGAAUUCCAUGAAAAAUCUGGUUGAAAAGGCCCAAACACCUUGGCCUCAAAUAUUCCUUAUUAGAAAUCUUUGUAAUUUCUAUGGGCUGAACAUAAUGCAGAAGAUUCUUCAGCAAGAGUCGUGGAUUUUACCCAGAGGAAUUGAGACUUCACAGGACAUGAAAAUCAGCUCCAAUACACCCUUGAUGCUUGUGACGCUAGACAGAGCAAGAGGCCACAUUAGAAACACAGACUCCGAAGAAGCCAAGCAAAUAACAGCCAUCACAAAGCACAUGGAGAGGCUCCUACAGGCAUCGCGGCCAUCAGAAGAAUCCAUGGAAAACAAAUUGGAAAAGAUCAUGAGUGACGUGAGCAGCCAGGAGAACGCAGCCUUGCUGGAAGUGGUGCUGCAUACUGCUCUCACGCUGACCCUGUCCCAGCACCCGCUCACCGAGCUAUUCAAAUCCAUCUGCUUCCAGCCCAGCGCUGUCAAGGCGAGCUACCUUCCGACCAUGCCGAGCGACCUUCUCUUUGAUGUGAGGAAUUGGAAAAACACUGCCACGGCAGAUACACUGUGGAGAUGCCGAUGCGGGCAGUACUGGAGCAUUGAAAAUUGCGGACGGCCCUGGGUUAUUAUCAAGUGUCUGUGUGGCUCCGAGGUCGGUGGGACUAAUCACAACCCCGUGGAGGGAUUUGAGGAAGUAGAUAUCACGAAGGAUAAAACAGAGAGAGGCUACGUGCUGGUGAGUCCGUCCUCACGGAACAAUGAGACAGAGAGGGAUCUGCCUGCAACCUCAGUCUGCAUCGCCAGAGCACUGCUCCAUUCUUCAAUGCUCCUGGGAACUUUUACCGAUAAACAGUCCAUUUUGGAGCUAAUGAAAGUGAAGCCCCAGGACGCCGUAAAGUUCUUUUGUGACCAUCUUGAAAAAGACAUCCAGUUCCUAGCGGAGUCACUUAGUGGAAACAUAGACGAUGCAACGAUGACAGUCCACCUAUUCCUCAGAUACAUCCUCGACAGCACAGCCGACACAAACAUGACCAUUAAAUGUAUGCGUGAAAAAGAAGACAGAGUACAAUGGGAAAGCUGUUUAAAAGCCGUAACUCAGUCGUUCUUCCAGGUGCUGGAGCAGAAAAUUGCUUCUGCAAAGCAGCAGAUUGUAGAGGAGGGAGCUCACAGUUCAAAUGUUCUCCUGAAAAUAGCCUACGGCCAGUCCCCGCCUUUCAGCCACCUGCCGAGCUGCGGGCUGAUCAACAUGCCCUGCAUGUGGAGAUUUGAACAGAGGAUGACAAUCCAGCGCCUGACCCAUCUGGUGCAACAAGAAAAUGGAGCAAACCAGUUCCCUGUGCUCCUGGAACUGCUGUCCAAGCACCAGCACAUCCGACACAUACGGCACCUGCCUGAAAUUCUCACUUUGCAGCGCUCUCUGAUCCACUUUUUCCAAAAUGGCAAUAUCCACGAAGGUGAAAGUCUUUCUGUGAGAAAGUUCUUGGAACGGGACAACCUCUCAGAUGAUCAGUGUUUGACUUUUGAAAGAGCCAUACAGACUGUUCAGAAAGUGUGGAGCAAUAUAAGAUCAAGCCCCAGAAGCUCAGAAAUCAGCAUCCCUGAGGAACUGUGGUGCAAGGAGAUCAACCCUGACACUGCCAUCCUGGAUCUCCUGCCAACCACUCCAUCCAUAACUUCCAUUGUUACAAGGUUCUUAAUACAGCUCCAGAACGGCUGCAUUGACACAGCUGCUCAACUCACUAAGGAAAAGCAAAGGUCUAUUUCAGCGGAAGAGGUGAAGCACGCCUCUGUGUUAAGUGUUUCCGAGAGCGACUUGAUCACCAUGGCGCUGUCGAACUUCCAGUACGUGCUAGAGGAAAAUGGAACCAAAACCACCCACUACAACUUCCUGACUCUGCAGAGGCAAGUGAUUCACCGCUUCAUCAGCGGGAAGCCCGUCGUGAAAGCCCAGACAAUUCCGUCCAUUACACUGAACAAUGUGAAGACUCUGCACUCCACAAAAGCUAACGUUAGAGAACAAUUGCACCAGGAACCACUGAGCGUGAGUCUGAUGAAACGCAUCAUGGAAGAGGCCAGUUCAGUGAGCGACAUUUCCAGAGCACUCGCCACCCUGAAAGUGGCUGCAGAGUUCCUGGCCGUGACUGGAGGGGACCCAGAGCGGCUCCUGACUGAGUAUGUCAGAAAUGAGCUGAAGAUGGAGGCUAAUGCAAAGCAGUUCAGAGACCUACCGGUUGUCCCACAAACGCAGCUGAAGCACAUCCUGUCUCUGUGGCAGAUCCUGUCAGCAAAGAGAUCAGCGCUACUUGUACAAAUGAACCAGAAUCCCUUCUUCCUGAUAGACAAGAGAUACCAUGAAGAGCUGGCUGACCAGGAGAGGGAGGCGCUAACAACAGCAUUAUCCACUGUCAAUAUUGAGUUCUUUAUCAUCGAGUUGCACGAAAUGAUCACAGUGGCAUUGGAAAGCUGCAAAAACAGUUGGGGGAUAGUGGAGACCUUUCAAGAAUAUUUAGAAAAAGAGGGAAAAGAAGAAAAUUACAUUGUGAAUCUGAUCAGCGCUGUGAACCGAGACCUUCAGCUGAAGAAUGUCAUUUCAGUGUGGAAAACUGCUGUGCUAAUCAACAAAACAUACGCCCGCUCCUACAUCCAAGAGUGAAUGGGUCCUUGAAUUGUUUCCUGUGGCUACCAAAACCAAUUACUGCACCCAGCCUGUAAUCCACAGUGAUUUAGGAAGUAGAGUUUCUUUAAGAAGUGAGUCUCAUCAAAUCACCAGGCCGAUGCAUCACUUGAAUCAAAAUAAGCCUUCAAUCAGAUUGAAGUGGUGCCUAGGCCCGGGCAUUUGAGUUGAGAUGUUAUGGGCAUGACUAGCUCUGCAAGUGUUGCUAUGCGCAUUGCUUUCUGCAAGCGGGUGAAUUUCACCCACCGAGAACUACAAAUUGUGGGCAUGAUUCUUGUGCCACUUAGGCCUUGUCAACACAUAGUGCUUUAACGAUACCAGUCUAGAGAAGGGGAAUAAGCUAUACCUCUGUAAGUGCACUUAUCUGUGUGAGGGAAAAUUUACAGAGGGCCUCAGGCUUUGGUCAAGCUAGUAUUUUUUUCAAGUUCGUAGGCCUGAAAUAUUAGCUGAGCUUGCUUCUGUGUGUAAGGGGCAUGAGAAGGCAAAAGUGGGAUGGAAAGUCCCCAGAACAGAACAAUGGCCUUCUAUGUACAGGGAGCAUGAGGAGGUGAAGUGGAAAGUCCCCAAACACAAUUUGCCAUAGCCAAGCUUAUUUUUCUAUUGCCACAAUGGAAGCGUUAGAAAAGUCAAACCGCAGAAAAGCUAGACAGGGAAUAACAAUAACAUAGGGUUACCAUACGUCCGGAUUUUCCCGGACAUGUCCGGCUUUUGGGGGCUCAAAUCCCCGUCCGGGGGGAAAUCCCCGAAAGCCGGGCAUGUCCGGGAAAAUCGGGAGGGAGGGCUCAG